AUGCACGUCCCCAAACAUUUUGGCUUGGCCGCGCUUUUCUGCGGGGAGCUCACUUCACCACCGACGCUUACGCAGUCGCAUAUCACACAGACAAUGGCUACUUCCGCGCGAGGACCGCCAGGCACCGUCGCCGUUUCCAAAGAGGGUAUCCCGAACAGGACUUUAUACGUGCGCAACCUCCCCGACAAGCUACAGAAAGAAGACCUCAAGCGGAACCUGUACAUGCUAUUCGCUACAUAUGGCAUCAUCCUCGAUAUCGUCGCGCUCAAGACAAUGAAGAUGCGAGGCCAGGCGCACGUUGUAUUCCGCGAUGUCGACUCCUCAACGCAAGCUAUGCGCGCUCUGCAGGGCUUCACUUUCUUUGGAAAAGACAUGCAUAUUGCAUACGCAAAGACCAAGUCCGACACGGUAGCGAAGCUGGACGGCACCUACAAGAUGCCCGAGCCCGAGCGUGAAGACGAACCCGAACAAGCGUCUACACAACCCGCAGGCUUUGGUGCCGCACCCGACAAAGCAGUACCGGUCAAUGCGCAAGACGCAGCCAAGGGACAGAAGAGAGGACGUGAAGAGGAGGAAGAGGAGGAGAAUUCGGACGCAGAGAUGGAGAUGGAUGACAUGAUACCCACGAGCAAUGAACAGAAUCCAGAGGGCACUUCAGGAAGAUCUGUUUAUGUGAACUAUCUACGAACGUACAACGUGACAUUGAGCGGAAGUUGUACCUGCCACAAAAAGGUAUCCUGA